GUGGGUGGGGCUUCCUUCACUGGGAAAUUCAAUUGUCAUAAAACUGUCGCUGAAAUGAAAAUCCGUUAGCUCUCCAACCCCCAACCAUCCUCCGCCUCUCUGUCAUUAACUAUCGGCUCCACUUCCACCCCUCUCCUCCAUUUCUGUACUUUUUAAAGCUCUCAACUUUGCUCGUUUCGGGAUCUCCGUCACUCUGCUCAUUCCCAAUCUUUCUCUCUUGAAUGGAUCUUUGAAUAGAAAAUUUGCCCAGAAAUUUCUGGAGUGUCCGUCCAAUUUUGGCGGAUUUCGUCCUCCCCUUCUCUCCUCUCUGUGUCCCCAACUGCUCUCGAGAAUGAAGGUCACUGUAGUUUCCCGCAGCGGCAGGGAAGUCGUCAAGGGCGGCCUCGAGCUCAAUGAUUCGGCUACUGCGGCUGAUCUGCAGCAGGCUAUUCAUAAGAGAACUAAAAAGUUUUACCCUUCGAGGCAACGGCUAACUCUGCCUCUCCCGCCGGGGUUGAAGGAGAAGCCUGUUGUCCUGCACUACAGGAAGGCCCUCAAGAGCUAUGUGGAAGAAAACUCCGACAGCAUAACGGUGGUGUUGAAGGACCUUGGCCCGCAAGUCUCUUAUCGCACCCUCUUCUUCUGGGAGUAUGUGGGACCCCUGUUCCUUUACCCUGUCUUCUACUUCUUCCCCGUGUACCGCUACUUCGGCUACAAGGGAGAAAGAAUCAUCCACCCAGGUCAGACCUAUGCCUUAUACUACUGGUGCUUCCACUACUUCAAGCGUAUUAUGGAAACAUUCUUUGUCCACCGGUUUAGCCAUGCUACGUCUCCGCUCUCUAACGUGUUCCGGAACUGCGCCUAUUACUGGUCAUUUGGGUCUUACAUUGCAUAUUAUGUCAACCAUCCUCUCUACACCCCUGUCAGCGAUCUUCAGAUGAAGAUCGGCUUUGGCUUUGGGCUACUCUGUCAAAUUUCAAACUUCUAUUGCCAUGUUUUGCUGAGGAAUCUCCGGAGUCCCGAUGGCAAUGGGGGGUAUCAGAUUCCCAGGGGUUUCUUAUUCAACAUCGUGACUUGCGCGAAUUAUACUACCGAGAUUUAUCAGUGGUUGGGGUUCAACAUUGCUACCCAGACUGUGGCUGGUUAUGUCUUUCUCGUGGUUGCAACUUCUAUCAUGACCAAUUGGGCUCUUGCAAAGCACCGGAGAUUGAAGAAGCUUUUUGACGGCAAGGAUGGAAGGCCAAAGUAUCCACGCCGUUGGGUGAUACUACCCCCAUUCCUGUAGAGAGUGUUCCUUUAGCAUCCCAAGUUUUAUAUUCUGGGUUUCAACUCUAGAUCGAAGAACAGUCGAAGAUAAGCAGCAGAAAUUGCAUGCUUCAGAUAUUUAUGCAUGUAAUCAAACUGAAUCAUCUACUCCUAGGUAUUUAUCUUGGAUUAUUGAAUGUAUUCUGUCCCGGUACUUUCCGAAAUUAGGGAAAUGCGUAGGCGGAGUUACUGAACUACGUGACUUUUUCUGUUUGGUGGUCAAGCUCUGUCGUCGACUUCGAUCGGUUUAUCCCCGUGUUCCUUUUUUCUGCAAAAUGUACUGCAUUCAUUAGUCAAUGUUCUAUGUAUUAUUUCUGUAUGCCA